AUGGAGUUGGGUGAAAGUGAGCACCCAUUGCGUCGAGACCCACUGAACGCUCUGCCCGACGCCGUCAAGGUACCUCGUCGCCCACGUCCUCGAGCUAUUAAGGAUGAAUCCGCUAAGGUUGAUCCUCUUACCCUUUACUCAAAUCGAGUGGGAAAGGCGGCAAAACCGGAGGCCCUUCCGGGAAGUUCUGCAGAUAGGCGUGUGUUUCAUGAAGAAGUGCGUUGUCUGUUGAGCUCCACCACACAACAUAAUCCGUUAAUAUCUGCGGUAGCUGAAUAUGCGCAAGCUCCAGAGGCACCGCCAGCAGGGAAGGCUUUCGCAACGGAUAUUCACGAAGUAUUGGCAGGCUUUGGAGAUCCCCAGUUAGAUGGUUGCGACAGUCCUCUAUUCGCGGCGGGCCUUGUCGAGCGGUCAGAUGUAACAUUGAAACCUUCGUCUGCAGAGAAGGGAGCUGCCGCUGGUGUUUAUGAAGUGCGAUCACGGCAAAAUUGGUCACUGGGUUCCUCGCGGAAACCUGGACCAUCUCUUCCAGAGAGCCCUUCCCAGAAACAAGACUACUAUCAGGUUAAACGUUCGUUGGCAGAUUUUUCGUGGCUGGAAGAACGUCUCCGACAUAGAUAUCAAGGUGUCAUUGUGCCUUCCUUGCCACCAAUGGCAUUGGCGGGUCGGCUCAGGUAUGGUUAUACGUACGACACAGAGAGGCUCCGAGGACUAGAAAAGUUUCUGCGACGGGUUGCAAAUCAUCCUGUGCUGUCGACAGGGGACGAAGUGUUAGCGUUUCUGGGUGCGACUGGAGAGGAUGCAUGGCGGAAGAUUAGACUGGAACCAAUCAGUCAUGAAAAUUCGGUGACUACUGCGCUUUUUGGGGGCGUGCGAGACAAGUCUGACACGAACACAUUUGGCAACCUCGGUUUUUGGGGAGAAAAAUUUCUGUGGCAGGCCGGACGAAGGGUAAACAAAGGUCUUGUUUGGUUUCUCAAUCGUGACUCACCCUCUGAUUCAAAAAAAAAAGAAGAUUCUGCGGAGGCGCGAUUGGAACGGCUGCAUAGCUAUGUACAAAACUUAGGGACGUCGCUGUCAACAGUUCGAAAUGCUGUCCAGAAAGUGUCCACGAACCGAACACAAGAAAUGCGAGGAAUGAGCACCAUGCAAAGCGCGAUCCGCGAAUUAGGCGAGAGAGAAGGUGGGAAGUUAGGAGCUUACCUCCAAACGAUUCAGCUCGAGAUACCACCUUUCAGCGACGGGUGGACGGAUCAGCAGGGCGACCAUUUGGAAGAAGGUUUGAGUGAUCUAAGAAAGAGAGUAUCCGGAAGCUCAAGCGUACGACCGCUUGGAGAACCUAGUUCGGCAGUUCUAGCUGCACGCGGUGUGAGCGAUAUAUUUCGGGAUUACGAAGAACGAGCCAAGGGGGCUCAGCGUAUCAUGAACACUCGUAGGGAAGAGCGAGAUGCGUACGAACACGCUCUAUCUGUGUACACUAAGCUGCGCGAUCAUUUAGAGAGCCGAGCUGGGAGCAUGUGGGAGACGGCUCCGAAUGCGGCUCUGUCGAGUGGUGAAGGGAUGGAAGAACUCGUCAACAAAGUGGGCGCAGCCUCACGACGUCUUGCGAAUGUGCGGCGGCACUAUCAAGCAGUGGCCCUCUCCACGACGGACGAGUUGAGGCGGCUUAGAACUGAGAUGCACGAUGACGUUUGUAAGGCUUUGCAGGAUCUUGCUAUGGAGCUGGCGUGGCAGCAUGAUGCUCAAGCUCGAUCAUGGAAGGCGUUUGCAGAAACGCUCGUAGAGUGCAGAGAUGACUUUGGUGGGCUAGAAGGAUGAAGACUGCGGUUAGGGAAGGGGAUCAAGCAACGCAUUUUGUCUUAAUUCAAAGCAAUUGUGAAUGUCUUCCAUUAUAUACGCUCCUGGUACUGCGUCAUCGUCGAUUUUUAUUUUGUCCGAUAAGUCCUGCCUCGAGUGGCGCUUGAAGUUUCUUUUGUGACUCCGUUAAGUCCCGUGUGACAUAGAUAAUAGGGAUAAAUGAAAGUAUUAUGUACGGA